CGGCUGCUGGCGGGGCUGCGGCGCCCGGACAGCGACCCGGUGGGCUCGUGUCACCCCUCGCACGGCCAUGAAGCUGCUGGCGGCCGCCGCCGGCGCGGCCCGGAGCUGGGCGGGACGGCAGGCCCCCUGGCAGGGCUGCCGCCGGCGCUGCUCCUCGCGGGCGGUCCCCAAUGAGAAGAUCCGCAACAUCGGCAUCUCAGCGCACAUCGACUCGGGGAAGACCACGCUGACGGAGCGCGUGCUUUACUACACGGGCCGCAUCGGCCAGAUGCACGAGGUGAAGGGCAAGGACGGCGUGGGUGCGGUCAUGGACUCCAUGGAGCUGGAGCGGCAGCGUGGCAUCACCAUCCAGUCGGCCGCCACCUACACGCUGUGGCGGGGUGUCAACAUCAACAUCAUCGACACCCCGGGGCACGUGGACUUCACCAUCGAGGUGGAGCGCGCGCUGCGGGUGCUGGACGGCGCCGUGCUGGUGCUGUGCGCCGUGGGCGGGGUGCAGUGCCAGACGCUGACGGUGAACCGGCAGAUGAAGCGCUACGAUGUGCCCUGCGUCGCCUUCAUCAACAAGCUGGACCGCACCGGCUCCAACCCGGCCCGCGCCCUGCAGCAGAUGAGGUCAAAGCUCGGCCACAAUGCGGCCUUCCUGCAGCUCCCCAUCGGCCUGGAGGGCGGCUUCAAGGGCCUCGUCGACCUCGUGGAGCAGCGGGCCAUCUACUUCGACGGCGACUUCGGUCAGGAGGUCCGGUAUGAGGACAUCCCGGCAGACUUCCGGGCAGCGGCAGCAGACCACCGGCAGGAGCUGAUUGAGUGUGUGGCCAACUCAGAUGAGCAGCUGGGGGAGAUGUUCCUGGAGGAGAAGACCCCGUCGGUCUCUGACUUAAAGCUCGCCAUCCGGAGAGCCACUCUGCAGAGGUCCUUCACCCCCGUCCUCCUGGGCAGUGCCUUGAAGAACAAAGGUGUGCAGCCGCUUCUCGAUGCCGUGCUCGAGUACCUCCCCGACCCGUCGGAGGUCCAGAACUACGCGAUUCUCAACCAGGAGGACGCCUCCCAGGAGAAGACCCGCGUCCUGAUGAGCCCCCUGCGCGACAGCUCGCACCCGUUCGUUGGCCUGGCCUUCAAGCUGGAGGCAGGCCGUUUUGGGCAGUUGACCUACGUGCGCAAUUACCAGGGAGAGCUGAAGAAGGGCGACACCAUCUACAACACACGCACGGGGAAGAAGGUGCGGGUGCAGCGGCUGGUGCGCAUGCAUGCCGAUGCCAUGGAGGACGUGGAGGAGGCGUUUGCGGGCGACAUCUGUGCCUUGUUCGGCAUCGACUGUGCCAGCGGGGACACCUUCACCAGCAAGGAGAGCAGCGGCCUGUCCAUGGAGUCCAUCCACGUGCCCGACCCUGUCAUCUCCAUCGCCAUGAAGCCGGCCAACAAGAAUGAUCUGGAAAAAUUCUCAAAAGGCAUCAGCAGAUUCACAAGAGAAGACCCCACGUUUAGAGUCCACUUUGACACCGAGAGCAAAGAGACGAUCGUCUCUGGGAUGGGGGAAUUACACCUGGAAAUCUACGCUCAGCGGAUGGAGAGAGAGUACGGCUGUCCCUGUGUCACCGGAAAGCCCAAGGUGGCCUUCAGAGAGACCAUUACUGCCCCCGUCCCGUUUGAAUUCACGCAUAAAAAGCAGUCGGGGGGUGCCGGCCAGUUUGGGAGAGUGAUCGGGGUCCUGGAGCCCCUGGACCCGGAGAACUACACAAAGCUGGAGUUUUCCGAUGAGACAUUCGGAGCCAACGUGCCCAAGCAGUUUGUGCCCGCUGUGGAGAAGGGCUUCCUGGACGCCUGCGAGAAGGGCCCGCUGUCCGGGCACAAGCUCUCGGGGCUGCGCUUCGUGCUGCAGGACGGGGCGCACCACAUGGUCGACUCCAAUGAGAUCUCCUUCAUCCGGGCUGGAGAAGGCGCCCUCAAGCAAGCCCUGGCAAACGCCACCGUGUGCAUCCUGGAGCCGAUCAUGUCCGUGGAGGUCGUGGCCCCAAAUGAGUUCCAGGGGCCCGUGAUCGCGGGGCUCAACCGGCGCCACGGGGUGAUCACAGGCCAGGAUGGCGUGGAAGACUACUUUACGAUCUACGCAGAGGUCCCGCUCAACGACAUGUUUGGUUACUCCACGGAACUGCGCUCAUGCACGGAGGGGAAGGGCGAGUAUACCAUGGAGUACUGCCGGUACCAGCCGUGCGCCCCAGCCACCCAGGAAGACCUGGUCAGCAGGCAUCUGGAAGCCACGGGCCAGCUCCCUGCCAAGAAGGGCAAGGCCAAGAACUGAGCCGGGCGUCGUGGCUGGGCAGCCUGGCCCCGCGGGCAGCGAAGACACCGUCCUGUGCUGAGGAGGCGGUAUUUAUUGCUACGACUGUGUCUCUCAUCUGUAUCAAUGGAUUUUGUAGAGACUUGGGAAACGCAGAUGCAGUUACUGUCCUCAGGAAACCUAGAUGCAGUUACUGUCCUCGGGAAACCUACAUGUACUUACUGCCGAGAUAGAUCUAAUGUUGAAGAAAGAGGCAAGUGGCUUCCAUGGGAGGUUGGCGCUGCCUUUCUGAUGGUGCCCGUGAAGAGGGCGGGUCGGCCACAGCCCUCCUGGUUCCAUCCGCCUGCCUCACUCCUCAGUGCUCGGCUUUCUGGGGACGGUUGUGAGCUCGGACUUGGCUGGACGGGAAGUGCCCAGCGCACUCAUGCUUUCGGGAGCUCCUGGGUCCCCUUGGGGCUGAGCUGGGUGCAGGACAGGCCCCUUGGGAGCACUUCCUGUCUCUGCCCACCCUGGUCUUGGUGAAUAAUAAAGGACAG